AUGUCUAUUCAGUGCACCUGUCUUUUUUCCCCAUCUAUUAAAUCCUUUUCCUUCAUGACCAGUGACAAUACUACUACUACUACUACUACUACUACUACUACUACUACUACUACUACUACUACUACUACUACUACUACUACUACUACUACUACUACUACUACUACUACUACUACUACUACUACUACUACUACUACUACUACUACUACUACUACUACUACUACUACUACUACUACUUAUUAG